CACUGCCACAAGUUCCCCCUGGACAACGACCUCUGCAUCGCUGUGCAGUUCGGGCACCUGCCCGCCACCGCGCCUCCAGUGACCAAGAUCUGCGCCCAGUGUGAGAUGGAGCACAACGCGGACGGCCUCAUGGAGCAGAUGUGCUCCAGUGACUUCGUGGUCAAAAUGCGCAUCAAGGAGAUCAAGAUAGAGAACGGGGACCGGAAGCUGAUCGGAGCCCAGAAAAAGAAGAAGCUGCUCAAGCCGGGCCCCCUGAAGCGCAAGGACACCAAGCGGCUGGUCCUGCACAUGAAGAAUGGUGCGGGCUGCCCCUGCCCACAGCUGGAUAGCCUGGCCGGCAGCUUCCUGGUCAUGGGCCGCAAGGUGGACGGACAGCUGCUGCUCAUGGCCGUCUACCGCUGGGACAAGAAGAAUAAGGAGAUGAAGUUCGCUGUCAAAUUCAUGUUCUCCUACCCCUGCUCCCUCUACUACCCCUUCUUCUACGGGGCUGCUGAGCCCCACUGAAGGGGCCCUUGCAGCUGUGCCUUGCCCCGUCCCUGCCCUGCAUUGUCACCUCCUGCCCCGAGUGCCAGCACAGGCCCUGAGGGAUGGGCAUGGAGCCCAAGCUGUCCUUGACUGAGGGCUUUUGGGGUAUCUGGGAGCUUCCUCUCUUAAACAUAAGGCUUUUUCUUUUGAGGGGAAAUCCCCAGGGUCUCAAAAAGUAGGCAGGGAUGAGAGACAGAGGGAAGGGUAGAGGGGCUAUGCGCAGCCGAGGCGGUUUCUGGAGGGGACCAUGGUGCAGCUCCCCUCUGCUGGGGGGGGGUG